AUUUAUGUAAUCAAUUGUAUAUAGGUCCCGUGGCUCAGGUGGUAGAACGUUCAUUCGGAAAGCGAGAGAUCCAGGGUUCGAAUCCCGGCGUGCAAUUUCUUAAAUUCUCUUCUUCUCUAGGUGGUAUAUCUAUUCGACUUACUUUUAAGUGAAGGGUAUCUUCCUUCUGUUCGCCAACCCUCUUGCUGCAGCGUUUUCUACUGGUUCAAUUCUAACGAAUAUAAUAGUGAUAUACAGUUCUAAUAAAAUAUCCAAAUGAGCAUUCAACCCCAGCUAAUACCAUCCAAUCUCUACUGUAAAAUUUACUCUUGACCCUUGCUUUGUCCAUAUAAAAAUCUCCGUUACUUCCCAGAGUGGUUCUCCACAACCACCAAUCCACAUUUGUCAUAUACAAAACAGAUGAUGGAUCCCACCCGUUGACAAUCAACUUUUCCGAAAAUUCAAAAUUUUUAAUUAACAGUCGUCAAUUGGCAUCCAAAAAAAUUCGUUAAUUGAUCAAUAAUAUAUUUGGAGUAUAUUAUUCGAAUCAAAAUAUAAUGAAUAUCCCCCAACCAGUAUUCAAAAUUCUUCUUCCAUCUCUUUACGAUCGAUCCUAUUUAGAAAAUUUAAUUAAGGGAGGGUUACCAUAAUCACACAGUGGUAUAUUGUUCCUUAGUACGGAGCUACAUAGUGAGAUAUUGCGCUCAUCAGUAUCUCAUUAUGAAGAUAACGGUUUGGUACAAACUGUGAAUUGUGGAAAGAAGAAGAAAGCCUGCGAACCCUUAUUGUUUAAGGAUUAAUGGAAUACCUCUAGAAUCUUAGGAUUUGAGAAGUUGUCACGUAGUUUAAUUGGAUAAAAACCCUUGCUCGAUAAACUUGUUAGAACGCGUAAUACCCCUAGGACCUAUUUCUUUUUGUUACUUUUUUAGAUUUAUUUCUAUGACAUCUUUCAUAUAUCUCUCAUGAGAUAUUUAAAUUUUUUAUACUGUGCAACGCUUAUUAACCAUUUAACUGCGGCGCAUUUAAUUGAGAACCACAUCAAUAUAUACGCUGAUAUUUCUCUUGUGGUGGGGAUUACUCUAGUAGUUCAUAUUUCUUCUGUACUUUUUGUUAUAUGAACAGCCUUAAGGCCACACAGAAUAUCGAAUAAUAUUAUAGUUAUAUAUAUUCCCAGCAGAAAGCGCUAUCAGUUACACAUAGUUUUAAAGUUACACACGUCAUUUUAUGGGCGACGAACACGUGGUGGUUUAAUUGUUUAAAUAAUAUUGAUGCUGUUUUAUAUAUCAUGGAAACAAACAAUAAAAUACAAUACUUGAUCGUGGACACAAGUGCUUUUAUUAAAAAUGCACCACUGCAGGAUAUCGGUGUUAAUAUUAUAACCGAACAAGAUGUAGUUAAUGAGAUAACCAAUAAACGCCAGUUGCGAAGGCUAGUUGUACUUCCAUAUGAUUUAAGUGUUGAAAGUGCUUUUCCAGAGAACAUUAAAUUUGUUACUGAAUUCGCAAAGAAAACAGGUGAUUAUACUAGUUUAUCUGCCACCGAUGUUAAAGUAAUUGCACUUACGUAUCAAUUGGAAAAAGAAAAAGUAGGUACAGAACAUUUAAAGGAAACCCCGACUAUUGUAAAGACUAUUAACAGUGCAAAACAUAAUAAAAACUCUUCAAAACCUAUUGUUGGAUUCUAUAUACCAAAGAAAAAAUCCAAAAAAACAAGUAAAACUAAAGAUAAAAAAAAUGUAAUAGAAAAUGAGGAAGAAGUAUACGUUGAUUCUCUUCUUGUAAAUGAAGUUGAUAUUAAAGAAAACGAAGAAGGUCAAGAAGAGAAGGAAAACAAAAAUGAUGAUGAAUGUCUAGAAGAUGAAGAAGAUCGAUUUUCGUCAGAUACUACAGAAUCUUCUGAUGAUGAAUAUGUAUCCAAUAAUGAAACAGCUACAUCUGAUGUAGACGAUAAUGUAGAUAUUGAAACAAAAGAUUUGGCAGAAAAAUUUUCAAAUCUUAAUUGCGAGCCAUCACAAUUGGAGAUUCAGAGUGAAGAUGGAAAUACACAUAACGUAGAUGAUAUUCUUGCGACUAUAUCCGAUGAGGAAAAUAAAGAUUCAUUAGAAGAGUCAAAUGAAUCUGAUGAUGAUUGCAAUAAUGAUAACGAUUGGAUUACACCAAAUAAUAUUAAAAAUGUAAGAAAGCAAAUGGACUCUGAUGUACUUAAAGAAAAAUCUGCUACCGUUGCUUGUUUAACAAUGGAUUUUGCAAUGCAAAAUGUUUUAAUGCAAAUUGGAUUGAACGUAGCCUCAUUGGAUGGAAAAGUAAUCAAACAAAUGCGAACAUUUAUAUUUAGAUGUUACGCUUGUUUCAAAACUACCAGCAUAAUGACCAAAGUAUUUUGUCCUAAUUGUGGUAAUAAAACGUUAAAAAAAGUUGCUAUUUCGUUAGAUGACAAUGGCAAACAACAAAUUCAUAUUAAUACACGGAGACCACUUACAGCUAAAGGGAAGAAAUUCUCCUUGCCAAAACCACAAGGUGGAAAACAUGCAAAUAAUCCAAUACUUUGCGAGGAUCAACCUAUGCCACAACAACGUAUUUCUAAAUUGGCAAGAACCAAAAAUGAUCCACUAUACGAUGACUACAUAGCAGGAUUUUCUCCAUUUGUUACACGAGAUGUAUAUUCUAAAUCUGCUAUGUUAGGUAUUCGAUCGAAUGGUGGUGUUAAAUAUUGGAUGAAGAAAAAUCCAAAUGAAUCUAGGAAAAAACGAAAAUAAUCUAAAAAUAAUAGAUUAUUAUUUGUUAUAUGAUGUGUAAAUGUAAAUGUAAUUUAUAUUAAUAUUUUCUAAAAAUU